AUGGCUGGUGGUGCUCCCAUCUCGGCCCCGGCCGUGUCCGGCGGCUACCUCACGGGCCGGGCCCUCAUCUUCCCCCUCUCCCUCGUCAUCUCCCUCUUCUUCCUCUGGGGCUUCUCCUACGGCCUCCUCGACGUGCUCAACAAGCACUUCCAGACGGUGCUCGGCAUCAGCAAGCUCGAGUCCACCGGCCUGCAGGUCAUGUACUUUGGCGGCGGUUACCUCCUCUUCUCGCCCGUCGCCGCCGAGGUCCUCAAGCGCCGCGGCUACAAGUUCACCAUCCUCAUGGGCCUCGGCCUCUACUCGCUCGGCGCCAUCCUCUUCUGGCCCGUCGCCCACGCCUCCCUCUCGACCGACAACAAGCGCGCCAUCUUCGGCGGCUUCUGCGCCUGCACCCUCGUCAUCGCCUGCGGCCUCGCCACCCUCGAGACCUCGGCCAACUCGUACGCCGUCGUCAUCGGCAAGCCCGAGACCGCCUCGGCCCGCCUGCAGUUUUGCCAGUCGUGGAACGGCGUCGCCUCCUUCAUCGGGCCCCUCAUCGCCUCCAAGUUCUUCUUCGAGGGCGACAACGCCAACUCCCUGACCAACGUCCAGUACGUCUACCUCGCCGUCUCGUGCGCCGGCGUCGCCGUCGCCGUGCUCUUCUUCUUCGCCCGCCUGCCCGAGGUCAGCGAGGAGGCCCUCGAGGAGUCCUCCGGCGCGGCCAACACCGACGCCCUCGGCGAGCCCGUCGGCCACGGCCCCAUCUACAAGCAGUACAACCUCAUCUUCGCCUUCAUCGCCCAGUUCUGCUACGUCGGCUCCCAGGUCACCGUCGCCACCUGGUUCAUCAACUACGCCCACGAGAACGGCGGCCUCAGCACCCCGCAGGCCUCCAACUUCCUGUCCUUCGCCCUCAUGAUCUUCACCGUCGGCCGCUUCGUCGCCACCGCGCUGGCCACCGUCUUCCAGUCCGAUUUCCUGCUCAUGCUCUACGCCGCCUGUGCCAUCGCCCUGACCGCCUACUGCUCCGCCGGCUCCGGCACCGCCUCCGUCGGCGUGCUCAUGACCAUCUUCUUCUUCGAGGCGCCCAUGUACCCCGUCCUCUUCACCCUCGGCACCGCCAACCUCGGCCGCCACACCCGCCGCGGCGCCGGCAUCAUGGUCCAGGCCGUCGCCGGUGCCGCCGUCUUCGUGCCCAUCCAGGGCGCCAUCGGUGACGCCGCCGGCAUCCGCAUCUCCUACAUCGUGCCCCUCGUCGGCUUCACCUACGUCGUCGGCUACGCCACCUUCCACUGGCUCCGCCACGGCCGCAAGAUCAUGCGCGUCAAGGACAAUAAGCAGGCCCAGGCCGAGGCCAUCGUCGACAACGCGGCCGAGAAGAAGAAGACGGACGACUGGGUCGAGAGCGUUUGA